UAAAUCAGUCCAGAGUCCAGCCAUUUUACUUCAUCCAUCGCAAACAUCGAACACCCUUGUCUAGCCAAAAUGUCACCUGGCAAACAAGCUGCCACGUCCAACACCAGAAAAAAACUCUUUUUAGCCCUCUUUGCUUCACUCUUAAUAGUCACAGCCAUAGUUACCACUGUUGCCGCCGUAUCCAGGAACAAAUCCACCAACAUCAUCACCGACCAAAUAGCUACUCAUCCUGUCGUCAAGUCCUCCUGUAGCCUUACAUUCUACCCGCAACUAUGCUUCUCAGCUCUCUCUACAGUUCCAGACGCCGCAUCAAAGAUCACCUCUCCAAAAGAUGUGAUAGCUAUGUCACUUAACAUAACUAUAAUUGCAGUCCAGAAGAAUUACUUCAGUAUCAAGAAGCUCACUAUCACUCGUAAGAGCAGCCUCACAAAGCGUGAAAAGGCUGCUCUGCAUGAUUGUCUUGAAUUGGUGGAUGAAACUCUUGACGAGCUCCACAAAAUUGAAGAUGAACUCCAGGAGUACCCGGCCGUAAACAAGUCUAUAUCCCAACAAGCUGAUGAACUCAAAAUCUUGUUGAGUGGCGCUAUGACCAACCAAGAAACUUGCCUUGAUGGCUUCUCUCAUGAUAAGGCUGAUAAAAAGGUUCGUAAGGCAUUGAUGAAGGGUCAAAUGCAAGUGUUCAAAAUGUGCAGCAACGCACUGGCGAUGAUCAAGAACUUGACUGACACUGAUAUGGCGAAUGAGGUUGAGACUUCAGGGAGGCAUCUUGAGGAGGUAGAAAAUGAAAAGGGGUGGCCUGAAUGGUUAUCAGCUGGAGACAGGAGGCUGCUGCAGGCCACAACAGUGACUCCUGACGUUACUGUGGCCGCUGAUGGUACCGGAAAUUACCGGACGGUGUCGGAAGCGGUGGCGGCUGCACCAGAGGGGAGUACCAAGAGAUACAUUAUAAAGAUUAAUGCUGGGAUUUACAGAGAAAGUGUGGAUGUACCCAAGAAGAAAACUAACUUGAUGUUUGUAGGAGAUGGGAGGACUACCACCAUUAUUACUGCUAGCAAGAAUGUGGUUGAUGGUAGCACCACGUUCAACUCAGCGACUGUCGCUGUAGUUGGAACUGGGUUCUUGGCGAGGGACAUAACCUUUCAAAACCAUGCUGGACCAUCAAAGCACCAAGCAGUGGCACUGCGUGUAGGCGCAGAUUUUUCAGCAUUUUACAGAUGUGACAUGUUAGCAUACCAGGACACCCUCUAUGUCCACUCACUUCGCCAAUAUUAUGUGAGUUGCAUUAUAUCAGGCACAGUGGACUUCAUAUUUGGAAAUGCAGCAGCUGUGUUUCAAGACUGUGACAUUCAUGCUCGCCGCCCGAAUGCCGGGCAAAAGAACAUGGUCACAGCACAAGGGCGAGACGACCCUAAUCAAAACACAGGCAUAGUGAUCCAAAAAUGCAGAAUUGGUGCAACUUCAGAUUUACAACCUGUAAUCAGCAGCUUUCCAACAUAUUUGGGCAGACCAUGGAAGGAGUUCUCAAGAACCGUUAUAAUGCAAACUGAUAUUAGUAAUGUGAUAAAUCCAGCUGGGUGGUUUGAGUGGGAUGGCAAUUUUGCACUUGAUACAUUGUUCUAUGCAGAGUAUGCAAACACUGGUGCUGGUGCUGACACAUCAAAUAGAGUGACAUGGAAAGGAUACAGGGUGAUUACAAGUGCAAGUGAGGUCCAAAUGUUUACAGCUGGGAAUUUUAUUUCAGGGGACAGUUGGUUAAGCGCCACUGGUUUCCCUUUCUCCCUUGGUCUUUGAGGUCGUAUCAUAGCUUAGCUGUGGCCUUUCUCCUAUGUGUUAAAUAAUGAUUUGGGCUUAACAUGAAAAUUGAUAUUUGUUAAAUUGUCUUCCAGACAUUUUGAACAUUUUUGUUGUGUAAGGUCCCCUCAAGUUUGAUAUAUCUCUUCAGGGAUUAUCGAGAAAAUUUAAUGCAUUGCUCUCUAAAGAUAUUCCAUCUGAUGAGCAAAAUCUGCCAUAGAUGAAACAGUCCAGGGUGUAUAUCCAGCAAUAAGUAAAAAUG